AUGUCUCGCCCAACUGAGGAGCGUAACCAGGAAGCAACAGUUUAUAUAGGAAAUCUAGACGAACGCUGUACAGAGGCACUAAUAUGGGAGCUGAUGCUUCAAGCUGGACCUGUAGGCAAGUGCACAAGAUCCACUGCACUCGAUGUAAACGUUCACUUACCAAAGGAUCGAGUAACACAGACCCAUCAGGGUUAUGGGUUCUGUGAAUAUAUGAGUGAAGACGAUGCUGACUAUGCUAUCAAAAUAAUGAACCAGAUCAAACUAUACGGAAAGCCUAUUCGUGUUAACAAGGCUACUUCAGACAAGAAGAAUCUUGACGUUGGCGCUUCUUUAUUCAUUGGCAAUCUAGAUCCAGACGUCGAUGAAAAGAUGCUAUACGACACUUUCAGUGCCUUUGGAGUGAUCGUACAAACACCAAAGAUCGCAAGAGAUCCUGAUACGGGAAAUAGUAAAGGUUACGGGUUUAUUUCCUAUGAUAAUUUUGAUUCCUCAGAUGCAGCAAUUGAUGCAAUGAAUGGGCAGUAUUUGAUGAAUAAACCAAUUACUGUAUCUUACGCCUUCAAGAAGGAUGGCAAGGGCGAAAGGCAUGGAAGUGCCGCAGAACGUCUGCUCGCAGCUCAAGCAAAGAAACAUCAAACCCUACCGAACAGAUUGUUUGCUGAUGUGCGUCCGACUCCAAUCCCACCAAUGAUCGGGAUGAGGUCGGGAGCUCCACCGCCCCCGUCGCCACAGCAGAUGAUGGCAUCAAGGGCAAUGGUGUCUCCAACAGGAAUGUAUGGCGGAUUUCCGCAAGUCACUGGUGCGAACGCUAUGCAACAAGGACCGAGGCCACCGGUAAUGAAUCCUGGAAGCAUGCCUCAGGGAUAUCCACCGAGGCCACCGAUGAUUUCUGGAGCUCGUCCACCUCCAUUCAAUGGCCGAUCAUCAUUUCGACCAUCCGGAGCAUAUGGACAGUAUUCUCCAUCAACACCAGGACAGCCUCCGAACCAGCAAGCAUACAGCUAG